UAGUCUUACCGUUCACCAAUCGACCUGCCUGGUAUGGUAGAACCUACAGGAACAUAUGUUCCAGCCAAUAUAGCUCGGUUGGGUCAUCACGAUAGGCAAGCCCGACCACCGCGUCAAGGUAGCAGCUUCGGUCGGGCUAGUAUAGAGUAAAAAUAUAUUAUACAAAACCAUGGAAAUAAAGUGGAUGCACUUCUUAUACACGGUCCAAAAACUUGUCAAGGUUAGAAAGACGUUCUAAAAUCGUAAUGCAUGCAGUAGAGGAAAUCAUCCAUACAGCUACAGAAUAGUCGGCAUCUGGAGCCAUGAUAAAGUCUCGAAAACUCUUUCAGCCUCGAACACAGCUUCAAUCUUGUUUAUGUGCACUCCGGUUGUUAAGCGCACAAAAUGGCACUUGUAGAUAACGACACGAUGCAAGUAACCAAGCUUAUGGAGGAGUCUAUACGCUCUCAAAACAUCCGUAUAUAUUGUAGUACCUGGAUGCAGCCAAUGUUACUGGUGCCUUUAUUAUCCAGUUCGCGAUAAUUGUCAAAGUCUGCCAUAGUUAGGAAUUAUAUACGGGGUCCCCAUCACGAACUGAUAUCAGCUAUAAUGCCAUAAAUGUAUCUGGCCAAAUAGAGGAAAGGCUUUCGCGUUAAAAUCCGAGAUCUAUUAUCUUAUUACCUGAUUGAUUCGUCCACAAAUUAUAGUCCCGCUGUUUUAUUUGUUAUAGCCGCUUAAUUAUCACGUUUUGUACAGAAUUCCUUGUGAACCGAUAGUACGUUAGUAUUAAGCACUGAAGUUGGCGCCGUAACCUUUGAAUCUCUAAAACGCCUCUGAUUGGCUCGUCCAUAAAUUAGUCUCAUCAACAUAUUGAUACCAAGGUCAUCGUUCAGUAUACGAUAAGCCAAUAUUUUAUCACCCCGUAUUCUGCGGUAAGACAACGGAAAUAAGUUGAGGUUUCUCAGUCUAUCUUCAUAAGAUAGGUCAGAGAAACCUUUUACUAUUUUAGUCCCUCGCCAUUGAACUCGUUCCAACAUAUCCGCCUCAUACUUGAAACAAGAACUUGCUGCUUAAAUCCCAUAUUCCAAAUGCGGUCGCAUGAAAGUCGGGUAUAGUAAUCUAAACAUUCCAAAUACUGUAAAGGCGCGAAAUUCAUUCAUCCAUUUGGUUAAAGAGCGUUUUGGGAUUUUAUCUAUUGUCAGUUCUUGAUGAAAACUUUGAAUAUAACUCCUAACCAUCAACUCCCUAGCAAGCAGGUGGACAUCUCCAAAGCCACUUUAACGUCACUCAAAGGUUGCCUAUAAACUAUGGUCUCACUACCCGUGGUUCCUAGAGUUCAUAUUUGCUGAGCCCAAUGGCUUUUUAUAACUAGUACACAUAAUCUUAGUAUAAAAGAGCCAAGCAUUUUCCCGAACACGUUUAAUUCAUAAGAUGCCGUCUAAAAUUUCAAAGUGGUUAUCUUCCUACAAACCAUCAUCUCGUGAGGCGAUGGAUGAAUUUAUCACAUGGAUGUAUUCAAGUAACAAACUAGUUGAUGAUAUAGAAGAGACAUUUGAAAAACUAGUCUCUUCCAGUACUAUUUCUGAUGUCUGUCAAAGAUUAUUUGUAUUUUAUAAAUCAGGUUUACCGGCCUUACAAAAUUUUGUUGUUCUUCUUUUACCUUCAUUAUUGCAUUCAUAUUUAUGUCAUUCUUAUGAAGAUAAUAGCUCAUCAUCUCAGACAAGAAAAAUUGUUUCAAAUAUAUCAGAUUCAUCCCAGUCAUCAUUUUUAAUCAGUUUGAGUUUGUUAGAAUCAUGUUUGCUGAGCAUAUGCAAUUAUUAUCUUGUAAAAGCUGACCCUUUAAAAGGUAAAUUUAAAAGCUUUAUAAGUGAUAUUAACAACUUUCGUCUACCAUCGUUAACCACACCGUCUGUUUUUCAUAAUCCUGUUUCUAUUAAGGAAACAAUCGAAAGAAAUGAUGCCAAUGUUAAAACUGAAAGUGAGAAUUUGAAUCCUCUUAGAGUGUCUGCGAUUAUAUGCUUAGUUCAAAAUUAUAUUGAGAUAUUAUCUACUCUUGAUCUGCAAAAUCCUAUUAUAUCUGUGCUAAUAUUUCACUCAUUGUCAAGAUUUUCAAAGUUUUCAGAUCGUGUUGUUAGCAUAUCAAAACGUCCUCGUAUUCCAACUUCAUCUGGUUUAUUAAUGAUAUUAUUGGAUUGUUCAGAUCUUAUUUUAUUUAAACUCGAUUGCUUUGAUAAAUACUCUGGAAGUAAUAAUCGUCUUGCUGACUCAAUCCGAUCCUCUAUACUGGACAGUAUUAUAGAAAUUAGUAAUCGUGCUACGCAUCAUUGUUUUUCUUCUUGUCUUUUAGUAUGUCAGUCUUUAUUACACUAUCGCAGUAUUUAUUACGAUUAUUGUGAUCAAAAACCUAGGAUGGAAGAUGGAUAUAUUCGGGAUAUUGAAAAUACCCCUACUUCUCGAAAUGGACUUACUAAUUCUACUCACAUUCCACCUGUGAUCUCUAUAAACUCUGUAGAGGAUAAAACUCCACGUACUGAGUAUACUCCACGACCAAAACUUAGCUCUACAAAUGCUGAAGUAUUUACAAGUGCUUCAUUUAAACCAGAAAUUGUAUCUGAAGAUAUAACUCCAAUCAGUGAAAAUUCUCGAUCGUCCAGACCAGACAAAAUGACAGGCCCAGAGGAGAAUGUUAAUAAUGGGGCUAGUGCAAGUAAUAAUACCAAUAAGAAGCAUUCCAGUGAAGUACAUGAAAGAAAACACAAUAAGUUAAAAAUUGGUGUUGAUUUCCGAAUCAAAUCAAAUGAUCAUAGAAAGCAUACUUUGGAGAAACUAUCUGCACAUCAUGUAAAAAGUAAUAACACUGAGAAGUAGUUCAAUAUAUAUCAUAUAAACUUAAUUUUGUUCCUUGUCUUUCAUUAGCAUUAUCAUUGCUCAUUAUCGUCAAUAUCUUUUACUAAAACACUAUCGUUGGUUUAUGAUCAGUUGACAAAUGAGGUGUUGUUCAUGACUUGCAUUUUCUCGCACCUGUGUUACUCCUUUUAUUUAUUUUCGUAACUUUUUAUUUUUUACAUUCUCAUACAGUCUUUACAAUGAGACCUCUGUGUAUAGAUCUUAACUUUUUCUAUCAAACUACCUAAUUAUAAAUAGCGUACUUUCAGUUGAAAAUUAUUGUAUAUCUUAUGUAAUGUCUUAUUUUCUUUAUUCUACCAGUUAUAUAUGCUCAGUUGUUUUAAAAGAAACACUGGUUUAGUAAGUUGAAACUUUCGUAGGUGUUAAUGUAAUUUAAUCUAGAUUUCAUCAAGUUUUGUUUCGUCAAAUAGGUUUUUUUAUUUUGAAUGUACAGUCUUUCUUCAAUCUCAUCGAUGGCUUACGGAAAGCUGUGUGGUUUUGUACUGAGUAGACAGCUGACAAAUAUCGA